UAAUUCAAUUAAGAUAUUCUUGUCAAACUCUAAUUGUAAAAUUGCUAGUAAGCAGAUCUCUAAACUAAGGUGUUUAUGGGAAUUUAAUUCUGCAUUUGUCAAACUACCGCAAAAUUAGCAAAUAUUAAUAGUCCAUGGUCAAAAUCAUAAAAUGCAAAAGUUUAUGGAAAUUCCUAGAAUUCCUGGAUCCUUACUUGUUAUUAGGAGGGAAAAUAGAAAGAGAAUCACAGAAACUGCAAGAACUCAUUUCUGAGAUUUCACAAUUUUUGCCGUUUCUCUUGAUUGUAAUUAAUUGUCUUUAAUAACACACAAAAGAAAAGAAACGGCAAAAGCUUGGCUUCCAAGUUUCCCUGUGCUUGCUUCAAGAGAAAAUUCUUGGAAGAAAAUGGCUACUCUCAAAGUGCCAGAUGCUGUUCCUUCUCCAACUCAAGACUGUGAGAGACUCAGAAAUGCUGUUCAAGUUAUAGGACUAGGGACAGAUGAGAGGGCGAUUAUAGGGAUUUUAGGGCACAGAAAUGCAAGUCAAAGGAGGAAAAUUAGAGAAACCUAUCAGCAGCUUUACAAGGAAUCUCUCGUUGAUCGUCUCCAUUCUGAGCUGUCCGGAGAUUUUAGAAAAGCAGUAAUUUUGUGGACUUAUGACCCCCAAGAAAGGGAUGCAAAACUGGCAAAUGAAGCAUUGAAAUCUAAGAAGAAAGGCACAAAAGAACUGCAAGUGAUAGUCGAGAUAGCUUGUGCAAAUUCUCCUCACCAUCUACAGGCAGUAAGGCAGGCCUAUUGUUCUCUUUUUGAUUGCUCCUUUGAAGAAGCCAUUGCAUCUGAAGUCUCUUUGCCCAUUAGAAAGCUCUUGGUGGGUUUAGUAAGCUCUUACAGGUAUGAUAAAGAACUGGUGGAUAUGAAUAUAGCCAGCUCAGAGGCAUCUAAAUUGCAUGAAGCUAUCAAGAGAAAGCAACUAGAUCAUGAUGAUAUAGUAUAUGUUCUCAGCACUAGGAACAUGUAUCAGCUUAGAGCAACAUUCAAGUGCUAUCAGCAAAAGUUUGGAAAUCCUAUUGACCAGGACAUAGAGAGUUGUGGUGAGGGUGUGUUGGAAUCUCUGUUGAGAGUGGUAAUUUGGUGCAUACAAUCUCCAGAAAAACACUUUGCUGAGGUGAUUGGAACUUCCAUCACUGGACUUGGGACAGAUGAAGAUUCACUGACUAGAGCGAUAGUAACUAGAGCUGAAAUUGACACAAUGAAAAUCAGGGGGGAGUAUUUCAACAUCUACGGAACUAACCUUGAUGGUGCAGUCGAUGAUGACACUUCAGGGGAUUAUAGAGAGUUCUUGAUGACCUUACUUGGUGCUAGAAUCUGAAUUCAUUCUCCCUUCACUCAUUUCAAUUUUUAUUUUCAAUGUUGAUAUUGGAUUGUUUAUGCUGGCAUCUUUGAGAUAAAAAGUUGUAAACUGGCUGGAUCAGAACUCAAACUUUACUGAUCAGUUGUGAUUGAUCCAAUCUUAUGGUAUGUACAUAAACCUCAUCAACCCUACUGCUCUUAGUUAAUUCAAACCAUGUUUGAAGUUUUAUAAAUCAA